AUGGCGUGUAUCAAAGGGGUUAAUCGAUCGGCGUCAGUCGCACUGGCGCCGGAUGCACCAUAUCUGGCUGCCGGUACCAUGGCUGGCGCUGUUGAUCUGUCAUUUAGCUCAUCGGCAAACCUCGAAAUAUUCAAGCUAGAUUUCCAAUCCGAUGAUCCCGAACUGCCUCUCGUCGCUGAAUACCCUAGCUCCGACCGCUUCAACCGUCUCUCAUGGGGUAGAAACGGUUCUUCGUCUGAAGAAUUUUCUCUUGGUCUCGUUGCCGGUGGAUUAGUUGAUGGAAACAUUGACAUAUGGAAUCCUCUCGCUAUGAUCCGCGCGGAGGCAAAUGAAAGCUCUCUCGUUGGACACCUUGUAACGCAUAAGGGACCGGUUAGAGGUCUUGAGUUUAAUACAAUUACACCAAAUCUUCUUGCAUCUGGGGCUGAAGAUGGUGAAAUUUGCAUAUGGGAUUUGACCAAUCCUUCAGAGCGUACACAUUAUCCAACAUUAAAGGGUAGUGGUUCUGCUUCCCAGGGGGAAGUUUCAUUCUUAUCUUGGAAUAGUAAAGUUCAACACAUAUUAGCUUCCACUUCAUAUAAUGGGACCACUGUGGUCUGGGACCUAAAGAAGCAAAAGCCAGUGAUAAGCUUUGCAGACUCAGUUAGACGGCGGUGCUCAGCUUUGCAGUGGAAUCCUGAAGUUAUUACACAACUUGUUGUUGCAUCAGAUGAAGACGGAUCUCCUUCUUUAAGGCUGUGGGAUAUGAGGAAUGUAAUGACACCAAUAAGGGAGUUUGUAGGGCACACUAGAGGAGUUAUUGCAAUGUCAUGGUGUCCCAAUGAUAGCUCUUAUUUGCUUACCUGUGGCAAAGAUAGCCGGACCAUAUGUUGGGACACUACUACUGGAGAGAUUGCCUAUGAAUUGCCAGCUGGAACCAACUGGAACUUUGAUGUCCAUUGGUAUUCUAAGAUACCUGGAGUAAUAUCAGCAUCUUCUUUUGAUGGAAAAAUUGGCAUAUACAAUAUUAAGGGUUGCCGUCAAGAUAGUUCUGGAGAGAGUGAUUCUGGUGCAGUACCACUGCGAGCUCCAAAAUGGUAUAAACGUCCUACUGGAGUCUCUUUUGGCUUUGGGGGUAAACUUGUGUCAUUUCAUCCCGGUACUUCUGCUGGGGCUUCAGAGGUUUAUGUGCAUAACAUGGUUACUGAAGACGGUCUGGUGAGUCGUUCAUCUGAAUUUGAAGCUGCAAUACAAAAUGGGGAAAGACCUUUAUUAAGGGUCCUAUGCGAUAAAAAGUCUCAGGAAUCAAAAUCUGUGGAGGAAAGGGAAACAUGGGGAUUUUUGAAGGUUAUGUUUGAAGAUGAUGGAACCGCAAGAACAAAACUUCUCACACACCUUGGUUUUGAUGUACCUAGUGAAGCGAAAGACACAGCUAAUGAUGAUCUUUCCCAGGAAGUAAAUGCUCUUGGACUUGAGGACACAGCUGUUAAUAGUUCAGGACACGUGGCUACUAAUGAAACCUCUAUUUUCUCUUCUGACAACGGGGAGGAUUUCUUUAAUAAUCUUCCCAGUCCUAAAGCUGAUACUCCUCCAUCUACAGCUGUUAGCAACUUUGUUGUUGCAGAUAAUGCAAAUGGUUCAGAGAAAAUCGAAGAUGAUGAUGUGGAAGUGGAAGAGAGCAGUGAUCCUUCAUUUGAUGACCUUGUUCAGCGUGCUUUAGUCGUUGGGGACUAUAAGGGGGCAGUUUCUCAAUGCAUAUCUGCUGAUAAAUGGGCUGAUGCUUUAGUUAUUGCUCAUGUGGGUAGUACCUCCUUGUGGGAAAGUACACGGGAUCAAUACCUUAAGAAGAACCGAUCACCAUACUUGAAGGUUGUAUCAGCGAUGGUGAGCAAUGAUCUCUUGAGCCUUGUGAACACUAGGCCUCUAAAAUUCUGGAAAGAAACCCUUGCUCUUCUUUGCAGUUUUGCUCAGAGAGAUGAAUGGACUAUGCUUUGCGACACACUUGCUUCAAAACUCAUGGGGGCUGGCAAUACAUUAGCUGCAACUCUUUGUUAUAUAUGUGCUGGAAAUAUUGAUAAAACAGUUGAAAUUUGGUCGAGGAGCCUGUCAGAUGAGCACGAGGGGAAAUCUUAUGUUGACCUUCUUCAGGAUUUGAUGGAAAAAACUAUUGUUCUUGCCUUGGCAACUGGGCAGAAGCGGUUUAGUGCCUCUCUGUGCAAGCUUGUUGAGAAAUAUGCUGAAAUUUUAGCAAGUCAAGGGUUGCUGACCACAGCAAUGGAGUAUCUUAAACUUUUGGGUUCUGAAGAACUUUCAACUGAACUUGUGAUUUUGAAGGACCGAAUUGCAUUGUCUACAGAACCUGAGAAAGACUUAAAAACCACUGCUUUUGAAAAUUCUCAAUCACACAGUGGAUCCUUUUAUGCCGCUGAUAAUUCCAAUUAUAAUAUAAAUUAUUACCAGGAUUCCGUAUCCCCUCAGGUGCCACAUGGUGUUUCUGGAGUUCAAUAUCCUGCAAGCUAUUCACAGCCAUUUGAUCCUAGAUAUGGGAGUGGGUACGGUGCUCCUGCUCCACACCAGCAACCCCAACAACCCAAUUUGUUUGUUCCAUCACAGGCUACUCAGGUUCCCCAACCUCCCCAGCUGAACUUCUCAAAUACUGCUGUGGCACCAGCUCCUGUGAGAACUUUUGAUCCUCAAACUCCUCCGGUGCUUAAAAAUGUGGAGCUAUAUCAGCAGCCCACAUUGGGUUCUCAAUUGUAUAAUACAAACAACAAUCCACCAUUCCAGCCUACCAAUCCACCUUACCAGCCUACUCCUCCUGCUCCAUCACAAAUGAACUUGGGUCAUGGCCACAACGUACCACCACAAGUUUUGGCACCCACGUCGAAUCCAAUGGGGUUCAUGCCAAUCCCUAGUCCUGCUGGCGUUCAAAGACCUGGGGUGGGAUCAAUUCAGCCUCCCAGUCCCCCGCAAUCGCAAUCUGUGCAACCCGCUGCUGCACCGGCAGCUCCACCACCUACUGUGCAGACUGCUGAUACUUCCAAAGUACCUGCACACCAAAUGCCUAUUGUUACAACAUUGACAAGACUUUUCAAUGAGACAUCGGAAGCACUCGGAGGUUCACGUGCAAACCCAGCAAAGAGGCGGGAAAUAGAAGACAACUCAAAGAGACUUGGUGGGUUGUUUGCUAAGUUGAACAGUGGGGACAUCUCCAAAAAUGCUUCUGAUAAGCUACUUCAGCUUUGUCAAGCGUUAGACAAUGGUGAUUUUGGUACUGCCCUUCAAAUUCAGGUUCUUCUCACUACUACUGAAUGGGAUGAAUGCCAGUCCUGGUUAGGUUCACUGAAGCGUAUGAUCAAGACUAGGCAGAAUGUCAGGUUAAGUUAG